AAGUGCUGUGUUCCAAUUAUGUGUUUCUCUACAAAUUGAGAAGAAGGCAGGGUUUUUUUCCACAUAAAAUUAUUCAUUCUUUACAAGUGUAAGUGUGUAAAAUUAUUACUUUGUAUUUAUCCCAUCUGGUUUUCAAUUUUCGCAAUUAAUACAAGAUAUUAUUAUUACUCCACUGAUUUUGAAUGCUGAAUGUCACUCGUGCCACAUCUGUCAUACACUGCAUGUAAACUUUUGGCUUCUUUAAAUUUCUCAAGAGGAUGCUUGGUGGAGUGGAAGUCCUCUGUGUCCUUAAUAGACCCAGAACUCACAAAUAAGUAAUUAAUAAACAAAAUAGGAAUGCAGUUUUGACUUUUAUAUCAGGAUUAAUUAUUAGAUCUAAUUUGAUUUCCAAAUUUCAGAAAAGCUGGCUUGGAGUUACUAAAUUAAACACUGUACCAAUGGAUGAGUUAUUUAAACUUUUACAUGCCAAUGGAGCUCCCUCAACUCUUUUAAUGAAAUAUGCUCAGCUUAUAGAUGAUAAGGAAAAACAAAUAGCUUUAAUCCAUAAAUUGCAGUGUCAUAGAGUUGCAAUUGAUUUAUACAUUUCACAACGUGAUAGAAGGUCACUUAUUAAUUAUAAAGCUAAUCUUAGCCCCCAAUCUGAAGACUAUGUUUAUGCUGAAAAUGUCCUUCAAGAUCCGGAUUUUAUUAUAUAA